AUGGCCCUGCGAUGGUCCCUCUCCUCCCCCCCCCCGACCAAGUCGUUAACCCGUACGCUGAUUGGACCCGGCCAGCCGGACCCCUUGGCUGGGAGGAUUUGCAUUGCUCAUCUUCCCCCAGUUUUCUUUUUCUUUCUCUUUUAUCGCUGGCUCUCUCUCUCAGCGCAGCCGGCGCCCGCCCGCGCACACGCCCUUUCGGUACUUGGGGCGGUCGGCGCACACCUCUUCAACCACGCCCACGCGGGUUGGCCUUGGCUGCAACUUUGGGAGGAAUAG